AUGUUUUUUGGCGAAAAGCCAAUUUACGAGGGUGACAUUCUCAUUGACUACAGUGAGAUUGGAAAUCGUGACCCUGACUACAGUGACUCUUCCACUGAUGAAUCAGAAAGUGAAGAUGAAUCUGACUCUGACGACUACUCUCCCACUUCACUCUCUGGUGGUGGUGGUGGUGGUAACUUUGGCUGGACUUAUGUGGGCUCUGAGGGAAGGAGCCACAGAUCCAGCAGAUUGGAGGACCAGGAUUCUACUUCUACAUCAUCGACACCUAUAACUGUAAACUCUUUUCAACCGUUGGAAGAUGUUGAUGUGGAGCUGGUUGCAGAUGAAUCAAUUAGUGUUGCUGACGACAAAGAUACACUUCAGUCUGAGGACCAUAUAUUGCUCGAAGAUUCUGCUGUUGAUGAUGCUGAUUUGAGAUCGGUGAACUCCAACGUAGCUGGUCGCCCUGGUUCCGAAGAUACUAACGAAGAUUUUUCUCACGAAAAUUCAUUUUCUGAACAUAUGGUAAAGCUCCAGAAAGCCUUUGCUCCAGGAACUCAGUCGCCCUCAGUGGUGGCUCAUCAAACAAGUCCGGUGACUCUUCCCAAACAACUACACAUUUUGGAUGAGGAUGACAGUGUGGAUCUUGCGCUGUCUGGAACUGCUGAACUUACCCGCGAGGCUUCAGCUGUUGAAACCGCUAGCCAAUCUGGUGAUGACAAUCAGGAUGCGGUUGACUCAGAAACCAAUGAUGAAGACAUGGAUGGGUCUGUGGAACAUAUACUGGGUUUCGACGAAUUGGAAGACUCAUCAGAUUCUGAAUUUUCGUCUAGCGACGUUGUCAUGGAUUCCUCUACUAAGUUGGAGGAAGCUCCUGCGAGAGAUGUCGGGGUGCCGCAAGAUUUAGGUGACACUCAAGGUACUGCUACAAGCACAAAUAAUCCUGCCAGCAAUCAACUGGUUUUGGCGGCGGCGGAACUUGCGGAGCCAAGUGGCUGGCUCCUCAGGUAUACGGCAGGAGCUACCGGAGCUACCCCAGCGCCCUCCUCUGAGAGGCUGUUGCUGGGAGCUGGUGGUUCUGAUACUGUUACUACUGCUGCAUCUGGAAGUGGCAGUGAACUGAGAGACACUGCUGAGAAUGAUCGCCCACGCUUACCGCCUGCACCAUCUACUCAGAGGCUCCUGCUAGAGUAUGGGCGAGCAGGGGAUGCUACAAGCUUUGGGGACAAUACAAGCGACGUGCGGCACAGCUCCGUGCAACAAAAUCGACAUAUGCCACUUCCGGCUCCACCUUCGAGACGGUUGUUGUUGGCAGCUCCUCCUCCGUCUUCUUCUGAACAUGAUUCGCAAACUGCUGGGCAAGUAGUUGUUCGACAAACAAGCCAACACUCAGCUCCGGCAGAAGCCCAACAGCCUCUUGCUAAUACUGGAAGAAUUACUAGGUCUGCUGCGGGUACUGCGGGUGCUGCGGGUGCUGCGGGUGCUGCGAGAGUGCCUGCUCCGUCGUCCAGACACCGUCAUCGAGAAGCCUCUCGGGACACAGUUGUUGUUAACAAAAGAUUAGCUGAUUUGAUUGAGCAAAAUGGCUAUUAUGUUCCUAACAGUGCACUUCAGCGGCUGGCGCGAAAAGAAAAUUCUUCAUUAAUUCUAAAUCGCACAAAUCUAAUUACCCGGCCUACUGAUAACCUUCCACUAAAAGUAGUCUCAGAAAAUUCGACUUCAAACUCCUCACCAAGAUUGGAAAAUGAAGCCUCAAAUGGUUCUCCCACAACACCCUCUACCUCUGCUUCUUUGUCCUCGGAAUCAUCUGCACAUUCGGAGCCAGUGGUUACAUCACCAACCUCCUCUGCUGUGACGUCUCCCACAUUAGAAAGUUCUUCUUCUCGUCGUGAUCACCAAACCACUCCUCCCUCGUCAUCGAAUCGCAUGCUGUCGAUAGCACAACGCAAUAUCUUACGCACAUCGGGCUUACUUUGGGGCUCUCGCUCUUCCGACCGGCACAGUGACAAACUGAAACUCUCGAACUCUGAGUCAGCUUUGGACUCGGAAUCUAGGUCACUGCUGCAUGGUCUGCCAGCUCGUGAGGGUUCAACACUGAGAGCCCCACACGGCCACCUCCAGGGUACACCGAAUCUUAGAUUCAACCCCACUCCCGAUGCGGUUCCCUUUCUUUCUCACACUCACUCGGCAACACACAAUGUCCCUGCUACGUCAGCAUCAGUAGAUGAGGACUCAGUCGUUAGCACUGACUCGCAGUCCCACUCUCCCGCCUCCACAACCGAAGCUGAUGUUGAGGCUACAAGCGAUGAAAUCUCAAUUGCAGCACCCUACAAUUCUGACUCUCAGGGCUCAUCAGAACACUUAGCUGACGGCAUUGACUUCUUACAUGAAACUUUUGUUUCUUCGCCUGCUGAUGAUGAAAUUAUUUUUGUUGAUGAAUCGGCAAGCCCAUCAGGAGAUCCGUCUGCCGGGGCUGUCGACGAUGUCAUUGGCAUUGGCUGCAUCUACUCGAACUCUGAAGAACCAACUGUGAAAGCCCGCAUGGCGUCUGGAAGACUUGACACACUCAGCGCUAUUAACAUUAAGCUUCCAAUCUUGAGGAAUGACAUCAAAGUGUUAGAAUCUAGCAAACCAGGUCUCUGCUUUACGGCUCCUGAUGUGGAGAAUGUUAGAGCUCUCAUCAGCGACAGAGAUUGGGCAGAUCUUAAGGACCCCAACAACAGAGAAGAUAAGCGCUUCUGGUUCGAUGCGGCCUAUUCGGAAUUUGCUGCCAUUGAUGGCAAUCAUGUAUACCAAGUUGUGCCCCUCCCGGCGGGUCGCAAAGCACUUGGCACCAAAUGGGUGCUGAAGAAGAAACUCAACACGGAUGGUUCAAUUGACAAGUACAAGGCUCGUCUUGUUGUUCAGGGGUUUCGUCAAAAGUUUGGUGUUGACUAUGUUGACACCUUUGCACCGGUAAUGAGAUUCAGCACUGUUCGUCUCAUUUUCGCCCUGAGUGCGGCGAAGAACUGCGAAAUGCACCACGUCGAUGUUAAAAAUGCUUUCUUGAAUGGAGAUCUAGAAGAAGACAUCUAUGUCAAGCCACCAACAGGAAUUGACCAUAAUACCCCUCCUGGCAUGGUCUGGAAGCUGAAUAAAAGCUUAUAUGGACUGAAGCAAGCCCCUCUGUGUUGGAACAAGAAGCUUGUUGACAAGUUGGAAGCUCUAGGUUACAAAGCUGCCAAGAAAGAACCCUGUCUCUUUUACAAGAUUAAUGGCAAAGACUUCAGUAUUAUAGGUCUUUAUGUUGACGACAUCUUAACGGCGUCAAACGUACCGGGAGAAUUCGAGCGGUUUUUCAAGGGCCUAUCUGGUUACUUUGCCAUCAAAGAUGAAGGUGGUGUUAACAAAUUCUUGGGAAUCAGAGUCCAAGACUCCGACAGGACAAUAUCUCUGGAUCUGGAACAUUAUAUUGCUGACAUGAUUGAGGUUUUCAAAUUGAGUAAUCAAACAGCUAAGUCGAUACCGUUGCCCAAGAAACAUGGCCUUGAUUUCCCACAGGGCCUCGAUGCUCGUCCAGCUAACCAAUCGCUAUAUCGCAGCAUUCUUGGCAAGCUACAGUUUGCUGCUCAGACGGCUCGUCCAGACAUUGCCUAUGCUACAGGCAAGCUUGCUCAGUAUUCGAGUGACCCUAGAGCCAUUCAUAUGGAUAGAGCUUAUCAUGUUCUGAGCUACCUCAAAGGCACCAAGGACCUGGCAAUUGUCUAUCACAAAAAUGUACCAGGCGCCUCUCCGCGGCUUCUGAGAGGCUGGUCAGAUGCCGAUUGGGCAAACGAUCCUGACAGGAAGUCUAUCUCAGGCUUUGCAUUCUCUCACGGUCCUUCAACCUUCUCUUGGAAGUCGGCCAAACAGAAGCUGACAGCAACUUCCACAACCGAGGCUGAGCUGAUUGCCGCUUUUGUUGAGCAUGCAAUGUUGUCGCAGACUAGUGCAGUUGAUAAUGCACGUGAGUUUGGGUGGGAAACUAUGGUUGAUAACCUAUGUUUAUUUUAG